AUGAGUUCCAUUGCUGGAGCUGAGACCACCAACUUAGGGGAUAGUUUUACUAUCUCAAUGAUCGGGGAUACCCCAACAGCAGAUUUCUCCAAUCUUAUUGUGGAUGCAUCUGAGCCUCCACGCCUGGUCUGCAAGUUCGAGCAAGCGUCAUCAACAGUUCUGAAUCGGAUAGUGAGUCCGGACCUAAUUCCACUAAGUCUGUGGAGUUGGGGACAGAUUCGAGUUCCUCUGAGUCUGGCCCAGCCAGUUAAGAAAAAGCUACGUAGAGUUCACCCAGAUUGGGCUUUAAAGAAUAAGGAAGAAGUCACCAAACAGAUUGAGGCAGGAUUCUUGCUUGUAUCUAAAUAUCCGACGUGGUUAGCCAAUAUUGUUCCAGUUCUUAAGAAGGAUGGCAGAAUCAGAGUUUGUGUCGAUUUCAAGGAUCUGGAUAAGGCUAGUCCGAAGGAUGAUUUUCCACUGUUGUAUAUUGACGAGUUGCUAGACUUCACUGCAGGCCAUGCAUUGCUCUUGUUUAUGGACGGGUUCUCGAGGUAUAACUAG